AGAAAGUCACGUUGGAGAGAGAGAGAGAGAGAGAGAGACGUGCUAUAAAAAAAUAUUGCAGAAGCGGAAGGAGAAGAGGAGGAAAGGAAUGGAUGCUGAAAGAGAAAGGAUUUUAACCUCUCAUGUAGCAAAUCCAUUCACAUUUUCAGCAACGAGAGAAUCCUCUCCCUCGCCUUUCUCUCCCUCUCUUGUUGAAUCACAAUUUCACCUCCCUCUGGGUGAUCUACUCGGGUGUUUUCUCAGGAGUUCCUUUUUAUAGCUUGUUUCGGUGCAUUAGCAAUGGUUUGGAAGACAUGGGAGGGAAGAAUUGAAGUGAUGCAAAUGGCACAGAAGAGAUCUUCUAAGAGACCGUUGUGGAUUCUGCUAAUACUUAGUAUGCUGUGCAUCUGUAUGAUGGGUGUUCAUGUUUAUCCACCUCGCCAGUAUGCAGCUUGUUAUUUAUUUGCUUCAACCAUAUGCAACCCUCACGGGCAAUUGUUUCAAGUCUUUCAGUUUUCACAUGAAAGAACAUAUACUGAUGAUGAGAUUGCAGCUCGUGUUGUCUUUGACAAUAUUCUUAAGAUGCAUGGAAUUCAACCCAAGAACCCAAAGAUUGCCUUCUUGUUUUUGACGCCAGGUUCUUUGCCUUUUGAAAAACUGUGGGAGAAGUUCUUUCUUGGUCAUGAAGAUAGGUUUUCUAUUUACAUACAUGCAUCUGAGCAAAAACCAAAGCAUCAGAGCUCUUUGUUUGUGGACAGAGAAAUUCGAAGUGAGAAGGUUGAUUGGGGCCAAGUUUCAAUGGUUGAGGCAGAACGGAGACUUUUGACAAGUGCCCUUCAAGAUCCUGAUAAUGGAUUCUUUGUGUUGCUUUCUGACAGUUGUGUGCCAUUGCAUAAUUUUGAUUAUGUAUAUGAGUACCUAACUGGAACAAACCUCAGUUUCAUUGAUUGCUUUGAGGAUUCCGGUCCCCAUGGGACAGGCAGGUAUUCAACUAAUAUGUUACCUGAAAUUGAAACUAAAGACUGGAGGAAGGGAGCGCAGUGGUUCAUAAUGAAGCGACAACAUGCACUAAUGGUUCUAGCUGACGGAAUUUACUACUCAAAAUUCAAAGAGUUCUGUAAGCCAGGUGCUGAUGGCUACAACUGUAUUGCAGAUGAGCAUUACUUGCCAACUUUAUUCCAUAUGCAUGAUCCAUCAGGCAUAUCAAAUUGGUCUUUGACACAUGUAGAUUGGUCUGAAGGUAAAUGGCAUCCCAAGGCAUAUGAAGGAAAGGAUGUUAGCUAUGAACUCCUCAAAAAUAUGACACUUAUUGAUGAGAAGGAACACAUUUCAAGCGAUGAGAAGAAACAAAAGACCCUAGUGCCGUGUCUGUGGAAUGGAGUGAAGAGGCCAUGUUAUUUAUUUGCAAGAAAGUUCAAGCCAGAAGCACUAGACAAUUUAAUGGAAAUCUUCUCUAGCCACACAUCAACUAUUUAAUUAUAUCCUUCGACAUUGUUCUUUAGAUCAUUUUGCUGUCAGCUCUCCCUUCUAAACCCAGAAGCUCUUAAUGGUUUCAAGCUGGUCACAGAGAUUUUGAUUGCCUGGCUAUGUAACCCAGAGCCCUAGAGGGGCCGAGCUGCCAAAUUGCAAGUUCUGAUCGCUCAGCAGGGUUUUUCACCACCUCUAUUUAUCAUGCUAAAAUGCUUAUUUUUAGCCAAUCAUUUGGAGCAUUGUUUGAUAUACUUGAUCUAUUGGUGGAUAAGAUUAACCGAAAUUGUAAUCUCGUUCCGUACUUGAGUCCUAGUGGCAUGCCAAUGUGAUUAAUUCUUUGUCGAUGUAAAUAUGCAUUUUUCUUUUCCUAUAUCACAAUCCAUUUACUUCUGUUUCUUCCUAUUCUCAGCUUCUUAUGGAACAGUCUUGGUUAC